AUGGCAAAUCGAGGUCGUGGCGGCUGUUACAAGUGUGGAGAAUCUGGACAUUUGGCUCGUGAUUGUUCUCUUAGCGCUGUCUGGAAAGAAGGACAUAUUAGUCGUGAUUGCACGGAAACACCAAAAGAAAAAACAUGUUAUAAAUGUGGAGAUGCAGGUCAUAUUAGUCGCGAUUGUUAUUCAGAUUCUGCGACAGGCAAUUCUGGAUCGAGAUGCUUCAAGUGUGGCAAACCGGGUCAUAUAGCUAGUAAUUGUAAUAACGAAUCAUUCGAGGAUGAUUUUAACUCGGACUACCGUAUGCGUGAUUAUAACUCUGAAUGCUUUAAGUGCGGAAAGACUGGUCAUAUCGCACGUAAUUGUUCGACGAACUCUGAAUGCUAUAAGUGCGGAAAGACCGGGCAUAUCGCACGUAAUUGUUAUUCAAAUGAUGAUUAUAAUACUGGCUUCACAUCUAAAACUUGCUACGGUUGUGGUGGGCAUGGACAUCUUCAACGUGACUGUGUCAAGGCCCAGAAAUGCUACAAUUGUGGUAGAUCUGGUCAUCUUAGUAGAGAUUGCGAUUCUCCUCAAGGAUCUAAAGAAGGUCAUAUUCGAAAAGAUUGUCCUAAAGUUGGCGCAUAUUAA